AUGUCCCUCCACCUCUGGUUCUCAGCUGUCUCCUUCCAGACACCUGUGGACCUGGCUGACACCCUGCGUAACCCUGGAGACCCCCUGAGGCAGGAGGCCCAGCUAAAGCCCGCCUGGAUUCCCGACCCGAGCGGCUGUGAGGCAGGAAACGAGUGGAGUCUUAAGUCCCUGAGUCUGCGGUUGUUUGUUCCAGCGAUGGAUGACUUCCUGUGUGCUCCGUGCCAGAAGCAGGCAGAGCUGGGACUGAAUGGCCUCCCAGCAGAAGCCCUCUGGGCGGGUCCGUGGCGGCUUCCUGCUCGUGGUCCCUGGUCCAACUGCAUGGCCACAGGGGAGCUGGAUCCUGAAGCCAGACCAGGGCUCCCAGCAGGGACCCUUGUCAGCGGACUCCUCGCCAGAGGCCCCAGGGUCCUCCCGUGUGGAGGGGCUGCCGGUGAGGAGGCCCCAGGCUGGUGGCUGCUGUCUGGACCUGUUGGCGGGCUGGGGUGCUCCGGGGCCAGGCCCCCCCGUGCCCAGCCGGCCCUGAUCUCGGGGAGCCCUCGCAGCUGGCCUGUGCCCGUAGCCCCUGUGUCGUGGAGAUGCACAUGUGGGACCCUGGCCACGUGCAGGAAGCCAGACAGUCAACGGACAGCAACCGCCUACCGCCGAGGACUUGCGGGCGUUGCAGCUGCUCUGGGGGUCAGCCCCGCCGCUCUGGCUCUGCCGGGCAGUUCCGCCCGAGCCUUCCCGUCCUGCCGGCAGAUGGCGCUGCGGGCCCAGGCAGGACUCGAGGCGGGGGACCCGAGGGGCGGGCCGGCGGGGCGUUCCGGCAGAUCCGGGCUCGCCCGGGCCACAGCCCUCCGGAGCGCAGACGGCAGGUCGGGGGGAGGGGGCCUCGGCAUCCCACCGCGCAGGCCCCCGGCACACCCCGGCUCGCGGGCUCCGGCCUGGGCCCUUAGGGGAGGAGGCUGCUGCUACUGCCCCAGAGAGGACGGGCCUGACCCAGGGCCCAGCCGCCCAGCCCCUGCCCUGCUACCCAGGCCGCUUCUGUCUGCCCGCCUCCACGCCCACCCCAGCCCUGAGGCUCUGCAAUGCCUUCCUUUUGGGAUGCCCUUGACAAAGUCUUUGCUGGACCAAACUUCAGCCGGGCUCCGGAACCUUCUCCUGGGCCCAUGCUUGCUCUUCCUCAUGAAGUGCAGUUCUAGCAAGAACACCUCCUCUUCCGUGUCCCCUGCCCCGCACCCCCUGCCUCUGAUCAGGGUCCUCAUCCUCUGCUCGCUCCCAGGCGAGGCCUGCCUCCAGCGAGAAUCCUGUGGGGGGCCAGGGGUGGGGAGCGAGCUGCUGAGAAGGGAGGUGGCCGUGGAGAUGGAGGAGGUGGAAACGCUGGGGUCGGGACCCCAGGCUGCAGAAGGCCCCCAGUUCCUCAGUGCCCCUCCCUUGACUCCCUGCUCAGCCACUGCCUGGCCCCUCCGGGCGGUUGCUCAUCCCCGGGUGCCGUGCUCGCGGCCGCCACAGGGUGUCUGUAAGGGCCCGUCCUCGGGCCCUCCUUCCGUCCCUCCACGUGACAUCCCAUCUUGA